CCAAAACGGAGGUGUGACCUGCGCACACGAACAUCACAACCACAACACCACAAACAUAAAAAAAAAGAGAACCCCGGAGAAAACACCGACGAACUGACCGUCAGCAGACUGGCAGAGGAGGCUGGUAUAAAGAGUUGGAACACCUCUGCUCCAUCCCUUUCUGCCUGAAAGGCUCUUGUGUUUACUGCGUCGGACUACCGCAUUGUGGCUUAUCGCGAGAAACUGUUCCAAAUGCCGCCUGUCGCGACAGCACCCUAUUUGACGACAGCAUCGCCCAGAAAGUCGGCGCGCAAACAAGCGUCGUCGGACUUACUGCCUGGCUUUGAACAGAAGUUUGGCGGACCGGCUGUCAACGGAGGAAAAGCGCCAAGCUUCGCGCUUCAGGAUGGGUUGGCCUUCAUGAGCUAUGCUGGGCAGGCCAUCGCUCAGGACGAGUUUUCGAAAUGCUUCAAACAAGGACCACGUCGAAGCUUCUCCCCAAAGACGAUCCUCCUUGGUCCCCUCUAUUGGCUUGGUUGGGUCCUUCGCUACUUCGUCCUGUUCCCAUACCGCCUCGGAUUAUUGCUAGUCGCCACGGUCCUCUUCUUCAUUGCACUACCGGUGGUCUUACGGCUGAAGAGCGAGGAAUGGCAGCGGUGGCUGUUUCGCUCAUACUGCAAGGCAUUCCUCAUGUCUUGGGGAAGUCGAGUUCGAUAUCAUGGAAAGAAGCCAAAGCUGUCGCAACCUCACAUCUUCGUCUCCAAUCAUACGUCUGUCAUCGACUACCUGGUGCUUUCUGCCAACGAUUUCCCGCAUGCGACGGUGGCUCAGACUCAUGGCGGCAUCAUUGGAUACUUCGAACAUAGCGUAUUGACAUUGAACGGCUCGCUCAUGUUCAAUCGGAAUGAAAAGAAUGAUCGAACGGUAUUGGCGCAAAAAAUGCGAUUGCACGUUUCAAACCCGAACAACGUUCCGCUCCUGAUCUUCCCGGAAGGCACUUGUGUCAAUAACGAAUACACCGUACUGUUCCACAAAGGCGCUUUCGAUCUCGACGCUGUUGUUGCGCCGGUUGCGAUCAAGUACAAUAAACGAUGGGCAGAUGCCUACUGGCAUAGCAAGACACAGACAUUCACCAAGCACUUGCUCUACCUAAUGACGCGGUGGGCUCUGGUCGCGGACGUGCACUACCUCCCACCAAGGUCGCGGAAACCUGGUCAAUCGGCAGUUGAGUUUGCAAAUGAAGUCAAGGCAGACAUUUCGACGGUAGCAAAGCUGAAGAACCUGAGCUGGGACGGAUAUUUCAAAAACUUCGCGCCCGCAAAGGAUAAGCAAGUUCGCUUGCAAGAACACCCUCAAACUCGAUAUGGUGCCGUCCUCUUGAACCGGAUGCGAAACCGGCCUGCCCGCGACCGCUUAGGUGGGCUGCGGCGAUCGGCUUCCGUAUCGUUGGAUUCUCAAGAAGCCCAACGCAUAGCUCGCGAUGCGAUGUCGUCGCAACAGCCCGAAUGGGAGACGAAAGACGCCUCCACCACUGCCCGGAACGAGAUCCUUGUAGCCCUCGAACAGGACGAGAGGCCAUCGGACAUGAUCCAAGAGAUCUGCCACAAGAAGAACGAUGUCGUUUCGACCUGGAAGUACUACAGCAAGAUGCGCUCAUCGGAUUUCAUCCAGCGACGAGUGGAGAACUCGUCCUGGCGGUUAUGGUUCAAGCACAGAAUCCAACAGGAACAGCAACGUGCUGCCGAGAGGGAAGCCGCGAUAAGCGCAUACGAAGACGAAUACGUGGAGACACCGCCGCCGCGUGUUCGGAGUGCAUACAACCUCGCCUCCCUUCUCCGACCGGCUCUCUAUUCCCCGGCCAUCACCGAGGCCACACAGCGCCCACGGAGCCGAAGUCUUGGCACCAAGCCCUUCAAGAAACCCGUCAGGCGCACCGUUCCGGGCCCGGAACGGCUAGCACAGGAGGCUGGCGCCGAAUGGGGCAUAGGGAACUACAUCCCCAUGGUGCCAGCACGCUAAGUGUCGCACACUCAGGACGAUAAUCGAGCUUUUGUUACAUAUACCCCCUUGCUAUAGCAAUUUUGAAAACCACCUUUCUUGUACAGUAUUUCGUUUUCUAUUCAUUCGCAAAAACUUUUGCGUUUCUGUAACUCACAUGUAUGCAGCUGUCACAGAAAAAUGUCCAGUCAAUGUCCAGUCAGG